GCUACAGCAGCUGUGGUGUCGGGUGUCGGGGUCUCUGCAGACGGGGGAGGACUCUGUGUGACUUCACUGUCACUCUGACCACCGUCAGCUUCACACACUGUGAGCGGCUGAGGAGGUUGCCAUGGCGUCGACCAAUGAGAGCGGAGAUCAUGGUGACCAGACGGUACCUGAUGGAGAGGAGGAGGAGAGGAGCGUCCGAGGAGUCCAGUCCCAUUACCUCCGCUGUCCGUCACCGAGUUUCUCGAUGGCGUCAGAGUCCAGGUUCUCCAUGAUCUCCGGCUCUGACGCCGCCAGCAUCUUCAUGGAGCCCAUCCACCUCUCAUCAGCCAUCGCCGCCAAGAAGAUUAUUAACGAGGGUGAGACAGAGCUGCCGCCUCGCAGUGCACGGGCCGAAUCCAUCCCAGAGUCCAUGCUAGAAUCUGCCGAGCAGCUGAUGGUGGAAGACCUCUACAACCGUGUGAGGGACAUGAUCGAUGACCGCAGCCCCUACAACACCCCCUGUGUGCUGGACAUCCAGAGGGCCAUGGUGCAGGACCGCCUGGAGGCUCCCGUCAACCCUGUGGACGAGGUGUGGCCUAACAUCUUCAUCGCAGAGAAAUCUGUAGCGGUCAACAAGGCUCGUCUGAAGCGAAUGGGCAUCACCCACAUCCUCAACACAGCCCACGGCACAGGGGUCUACACGGGCGAGUCCUUCUACACCGGCAUGAGCAUCAAGUACAUGGGCAUCGAGGUGGAUGACUUCCCUGACGCCGACAUCUCGGAGCACUUUCGGCCCACCGCCGAGUUCUUGGACGAGGCGCUUCUGACACACAAGGGAAAGGUUCUUGUGGUGUCCAUGAUGGGCGUCAGCCGCUCUGCCGUCGUGGUGGCGUCCUACCUGAUGAUCUUCCAGCACAUGACCAUCAUGGAGGCCCUGACUUCCAUGAGGAAAAAGCGCGCCAUCAACCCUAACGAAGGCUUCCUGAAGCAGCUGCGAAAUCUCAACGAGACCCUGAUGGAGGAGCGCGACGAUGACGAUGACACGCUCAGCCAGUGCUCUGUGAUCGAUGCACGUACACGCGCUCGCAUCUUUGGCGAGGGCGGGGACGAUGACGAUGAGGAUACUGAUAAAGAGGAGGAGCAGAGUAUGAUUGAGGUGAAAGCGAACUCCAUCAUGAUGGAGGAGGAGGAGGAUGGAGAGAGCGUGAUGAGCAGCAUAGCCUCCUCUGCAGCUGCCGUGGCACUCAAGAACGGACUGAUCGGAGCGCAGAAUGGCCCAAACAGCCAGGGAACUCAGAAAGAGAAUGUUCUACCUGAGCAGGAGGGUGGAGAAGACGGCAACGAUGAGGAUGGCCUUGACAGCAUGAUCCGCGAGUGGCAGCGGAGAAAUGAGAAGUACCAGAGUGACGACUGGUGGGAGGCGCAGCUGGACAGCGACGGCGAGGAUGGGGAAUCUCUAGCUGGCGGCCGUCCAAAGAAGACAAAAGAAGGUGUAGACGCCGAUGUGGAGAGUGUCACCAGUGAGGAUGUACGAGCUGUGAAAGAGCGGGUGAAGCGUCGCAUGAGACGUCCACCCUCGGACGCGAUGUCCACCUCCAGCUGCACAAGUUACUCUGAUCUUUGGAAACAGCGGCUGAGGGAAAUCGAGGAACAAGCCGCAGCUCGCUACCGCAAGAAGGAGGACGACGAAGGCAGUGAGAGCACCGCGACCGAAGGUGGAGAAGGAGAGAAGAAGAAGAUUGAUGAGGAGGUGGAGAGUAUUCUCUCUGACACCAGCUCCAUGUACCAGUUCUGCCAGAAGAACAAGGAGAAGAUGUCGCCUUUGGAGCGUUGGCGCAUCAAGAGGAUCCAGUUCGGCUGGAACAAGAAAGAUCGAGAGGAUGGCGAGAAAAGUUCUAUAGGAGAUGGAGAGAAAGGCGAUGGUGAGGGAGAAGCAAAGACGCCAUCCUUCCAAGAUGUCAACCUGACGGCGUACCAGGCAUGGAAGCUGAGGCAGCAGAAGCGCCUCGGGGAGGAAAACACGGACGAGAUUUUGGAGAUGAGUCGGGGCGAGGACUCUGCGACGGUCAAACGGCGGCAAAGACGUGAGGAGCUCCUGGAGCGUUCGAGGAAGACGUUAGAGGAGAGUCAGUCCAUGUGCGGCUGGGAGAAUGAGAGCUGCGUCAGCGGGGGUACGAUACCCCUCUCUGCGUUCUGGGCUGGAGCCGGAGUCACGGGCCCGCCAAGCGUCGCUAAUGAUGACAACAUGUCCAUGAUCAGCGGCAGGUCAUCUGUCAUAUCCUCUGUUUCACAGCCUCGCGGUACAAGAUCAGCACAACCCGUUAAUCCCAUGACACCAGUUCCUCCGAUCCUCCCAGUUCCUACUGUCCAAGGCCCUGGAGGUGAACCGAUGGUCAAUCUGGCGAGCAUCCAAAACUGGAUCGCUAACGUCGUCACUGAAACGAUCAAACAGAAGCAAAGCGAGAUGAGCCUGCCUCCUCCAUCACGUGCUGGAUCGGAGCUUAGCUUCGGGGGUGCGCCAAGCAUGGUUUCAGGACGGGGCGCAGACGAUGAUAGAGCAUCCUUGUUGAGCGGCGCUUCCUAUUCCAGCGCGCUGUCACAGGGUCGAGGCAGGGCAGCGUCAGUCCUGUCAGGCAGCGGGUCGAGCAGCAUCUCUGGUCUGACUGGAAGAGGCUCCGCCCUCGACUCCACCCUCGGUUCAACCCUGGGCUCCAAGAAAAACAAGAUCACCACCACCAGCGUCCCUCUUUUCAGCCUCUUCCAAGACCAGGUGGACAUGGGCAAACUGAACGCCAUGGACAAGGAGAUCAAGUCCGAAAUGAGGGAGAAGAUGGCCACCUACGAGAAGAAGAAGAUAGUGGAGGACAACAAGCGCAGCACCCUCUACAAGAAGAAGAAACCUAAGGAGGAUGAAGAGGAGGAGGAGGAGAGGAAGAAGAAAGAGGAGGAGUUUCUCGAGGAAGCAAAGAAAAAGGAGAAACCGGCGAGGACGUUCGGCCUCUCUGGGUGCCUGAAUCUCAACCCUGCACUGGAGAAAGACAAGAACACCAGCAUCGACGACUGGCUGGAAAGCGUCCGGCCUCCUCAGAGGAAACCGGCGUCCGAAGCAGAAGCAUCAGAGGAUCCGUACGAUGAUCUGGAUGCAUCCGCUUCCGAAUUCGACUUCUCCGGCCGCGGCGGAGAAGACGAGGAAACUUAUGGCGUUGCCUCCAGAUACAGAUCAAGGUUACAUGAGGAUCUUUCGAGUGAAGACACAGAAUAUUCCUACAACGGGCUCAUGCAGUCCCACAGCCGCGCCAGGCGGUCGUACGGCGCUUAUGACCACAGAGACGAGGGCACAGAGAGCUACUAUGACAACUCCACGAAGAGGAAAUUCACCCAUCAUUCAAGAUUUGAAAGCAGCGAGACAGAAGGAAGGAGGAGUAGGAGGGAGGAAGCCAGCGUUGAUGAGGAGGAGGAUGACAUCGCUGCCUUUAUCGCCCAAACGAGGCAAAGAGUCAGAGCUCGGGCGGCUGCUGCCACCGAGGCCGAAAAUGACGAGGUGCUCGCGGCCUGGCGGGCGCAGCAGGAUGCGAAAGCACAGAGCAGAAGUGAAUCUUAGAGAAACAGAAGAUGAUUUUGUUUCUCAAAAAAGUUAAAAAAUGUAAUAUUAAGCGGAAACAAGUGCACUGUUGCUCAAGAAACACUGUGAUCACUGUAAAAGUAGGUCUCACUUAUUUUGGAUGUUUGUGUUUGGAAUAAAAACCUGUUAAUGUCAGUAUCAGUGAGAAAAAUUAGCACUUUUGCCUUCAAGUCAUGCAUCAAAACCUUAUAAGGAUGAAUAUUUAGAGCGUAAUGAAACUAGUUUAUUCCAGAAUUCAAGUUUCUGUUGCACCGCAGUGAAUGUAAAACUGAUUGUAAAACACUUCCAGUUCAUAGUUUCAUAAAAGAUGACUCCUACAGAACGAAACAAAUCCCAUUUUUACUGUUACAUUAUUUUAUUAUUGCAAUAAAUGUUCUGAGAAAUGA